AUACAUUCCUCCCACAUCCCAAAAACUUGCAUUACAAUCAUUGGCGACUUUGAAUUGCCCCACGAUGUGAUUGUGAGUGUGACUGUUGUCCGUCUCCAUGUGCCCUGCAAUUGGCAGGAGGUGCCCCUACAAAUAUGUAUGUACCCAUGUAUCUUUAUACCCUAGUAUUCCUUUUCCAAACCAAAACAAAAUUGCAUUGCUGAUCUGGGUUUCCUGGAAGCAAUUUUUUUUUUCAAAAUUGCAGCUCAUGUUGUAAUUUAAACUUGAUGAUUUAUGUAACCUCUUUUUCUAGAUGCUCAGUUUCCUCUAUUUGGAUGACUGCACAAGUUACCCUCUUUUCAAAUCAGGAAAUUCAACAGACAAGAAAAACUAUUGUCCAGUCUCUAUCUCUAUCUAUGUCUGGCAUCAGAUUGCACUUCUCAACUACAACAGUUCUUUUUCAAUUUCUCAAUGAUGUGUUCUCCCAAAUAGAUCAAGGUAAACUGAGCGGUCCAAUCUUCAAUGCUGUUUCCAAAACCUUUGGUAAAGUUUCUCACUACCUUCUCCCCGACAAGCUAUAAAAUGUUACUUCAAAUCAUCGCGCUUUUCUUUGGUUCAAUGCAUAUCCGUAAAAGAACUCAAUGUGUGUUUGUGUUUUUCUUUUCCAAGGUUGUCCACCAGAUUAUUUAAUUGUUGAAAGGGCUAUCCUCAAGGUUCCACUUUUUGCCCCAAGUUUUUUCUCUUUUUUUAUAAACAACCUUCCAGGCUCAUUUUCCAAAUCUCUUUCCUCUCCUUGUGACAAUGACACAGUUAUAUACACGUCUGAUUCUACCACAUUUCAUAUCCAAAAUGGUUUACAGUCUGACACCAACUGUACACUGGCUCCAUGUCCUGUGUUUCCCCCCCUCUGACAUUUAUAGUACUCUCCCUUAACAAAACUCAAUCUGAUUGGAAUAAUCUCCCCGACUCAUUGACAUCAAUUACCUCUGUUUGUUGUUUCAGUAUUUAUUUAUUCUUGUACCUUAACACAUCAUAUCUUGAAUUGGUCUAUGUUAGUCCGUCAACAUAUUUUGCAUUGCCAAUUGAUGAUUACAGAUCAUCACAUUGUUGUGGCUAUAAUUAGGAUCUUCUCAAUUGGGAUUGGGAGAGUGAACUAUUUUGCUGUUAUUAUUUAUAUUUUUCCUUUUGUUCAUAAUAUAUAUAUUGUUUUGUAACUAUGUUAAUGUCAUCGAUGAUGUGUCUGUGUUUUGGGACCCCUCAAAAAAAAAAAGAUGAUGUAUGUCCAUGAAGAAAUUCAUAUUUACAGAAUAGCUUUUAUUUCACGCUUGAUUUAUUUUCUGAUACAAGUUUUUUAAACUUGUUCUGGAAUGCUCAUUUUUCCCCCUUCAAUAUACUGCAUACUUAAAACUUGAAAAUGUUCUUAAUUGUUGAUACACUAUAAUUUUCAUUGUAUGUGAUGGUAAAGAAUCUGAGACAAACUUUUCAGCAAUAUUAUUAUUGUAAAUUGAUUUUUCUUUUGGACCUUUUACGAUCAGGGGACAUGGAGAAUCAGUGGUAGAAUACAUUGUGGUCAUCCAAAAACAGAAGAAGAAGAAAAAAAAAUACAGUUUACAUAUUUUAAACUAUUAUUUCCCUGCUACUUCAAUAAUCUGGAUUUAAGUGUGUAUUAACUAAAAAAUAAUAUAUAUAUUGCUUUAAAAUAUCCAAACAACUUGCUGAAAGCAAGCGUUUCAUGAUUCCAUUUUUGUACGUACUGUAAUUGUUACACUGUACACCACUUCCCAUGUAUUAUUCCACUCUACAUUUAAACCCAUUUAUUGACUUGCUGCAAUGUUUUCAGUCUUUAUUUUUCAUUUUUAUAUGACUGAGAUCAUUCUUAUUAUUAUUUAUUAGGUAGUGAAAUACUUUGAUCAUUCCUAUUAUAUUUAUAAGGCAGUGAAGUAUUUUUUAAGUUACUUAAAAAUGUUGACUUGUCUUUUUAAAAAUGUAAAAUUUAAAAAAAAUACUGUAUAUGGUUUUACCUGCCUGUUGUUACUUAACCAUGACGAAAAAGUAUUAAGGCAUUCCUGUGACUUUUCCUUUCACUUUGGAUCAGAUUAAUGAUUCUGUGAUUCUGAUGAAUCACCGUGACUAAGAAUCUCAUGUCUGAGUCAUCUGAUAUUUGAGACAUGCCAUCCAUUUACAUUGUUAAAAACCCCAUCAGUGAAGUACCUGGAGAAUAAAAUGCAACACUGCCACUUUAUUAUUAUUAUUAUUAUUAUUAUUAUUACUGCCUGCUGUUUAUUUAUUUAUACCACAGUUGAAAAUGACAAGUGUGUUUACAACCAAUUUAUUCCAUAUGAGGGUUUGGAUUCGAUGUGUUUAUCCCAAAAAAAAAAAAAAAAGAAAAAAAAUGAAGAUAGCUUUCUAUUUCACAGGCCAGCGAUCAAGCACCACAAAUGUGUUGAUGUGGUUUUUUGUUUUUAUAUCUGUUGUUGUUAACAAAAACAACAAGAAAGAAGUAGACGGUAGCAUACCUAUCUUUUCUGGUAAGACAAUUGCAAUAUUUUUGUCCUUUUUUUUUUAACUGGCACUGUAGAGGGUGGAAUGCCAUGUGUAAUUUAUAGAAACUCAUGGGAAGCACUUGGGCUUUAGAACCAGAGGGUCAUGAUUUUGAGUCCUACUGUGGACAUAAAAUGGCAACUCGUUGACGGGGGAUGCUUCCUGCUGAGGUGCCCGGGAGCAAACUCAAGAGGUACAGCAUCCCGUCACGCUGAUAUUUCUCCAAGCAUACGUGGUUAUGAUCUAUUUGUGUGUCCUGUGGGACACCGAAUAUACAGUAUACAGCAGAGUGGAAGUAGAAUUUGACCCUAAUAGAAUAGAAAUUGAGGAAACAAUAGAGCAAUACACGAUUAUUCUUUAUCGUGUCAGUGGUGUUGAUUUGAAACGUUUAAUGAAAUGCCUGAAUCCCUACACGUUGUGGAAACCCUAACAUCAUAUUAUGUUUUUUUUUUUUGGGUCGCCUUUUGUGUUACUGUUACUGUACCGGGCUCUCAUUUCAAAUUCAGCCUCAGAGAGGGCGCGCCCUCUAGCGGUUUGUCUACAGAUGUGCAAGUAUUCGUAGACUAGGCCAAAGACAUUGAUAAAGAAUCAGAAGUUUAUAAAUACAAAAAUAUCGAAGAGCUGAAAUGAGUUGGUUGAUUUCAAAAGGUGAAAUUCAUAUGUGCAUAUAGAUUCACUCGAAAACCACACAGAAAAUCCUUCACAUUACCAUUUAAAGGGAAAAAAAAUCGUAUGUACUUAAGAAAGAAUACAAAUAUUUUUAAAUAAAAAAAUGAUGUAGAAAUUGGCCUUCAUAAAAAAGUGUUUUCCCAUGUUGCACACACUAUUUUACUUUUUUCCCCCCUCUUUUUACUUACUUUACUUUACUUACUUACUUGUUUUUUUCAACCACAAAGUGGCAGCAUAGAAUGUCCAAAAUGGUGACUACUUUGUUCCUGUGAAAGGAACUCUGAAGGAUUCGGCCUACUAAGAGCCUUUGGACAUUUCAUUGCUGUUAUACCAGUAAAAGGCGCACCAAUGUUUUAUUGUACUAUACUGAAAGGAAGGGGAUGUCAUUUCAGAUCAAUGUGAGUCAAGGAAUGUGAGUGAAUACUUUUGGCUUUACUGUGGUCCCCAACCACAAGGUACCGGAACGCCAUUCUGUACCGGGCCGCAAAAAAUGAAGAAUAAAUGAUUACUGUAAUUGUUUUUUUUUCUUCCGGGUGUCGUAUUUUGAAAGACACGCCCUUGCCUAGUUUAUGCACUUCAGUCGUUGGGUGGUCUUUUUCUUGCAUCGGCAAUCUCAACAAGCCCUCAUAAAAUGAUUCAGAAACAGUUCACUAGAUUGUUUCAUUGGAAAGGGUGUACAGUACCAGACAACGACGAGACAACAGAGGGGUCACACUCUUUUUUUGGAAAAAAAAAGUUGCAUUUAAAAGAAAAUACCAUGAUUCCCAACUGUGUUACGGGGUCAUCGCAACAGGUGAUUCACAAGCCCCACACCUGUGGCGUCAGGUCGCUAUCAAAGAAGAGCUAAAAAAUGAGAGGUGCUAUUGCAAAGCUGAGCGAGCAUUUUAAUUGUGUGCGCCCUCCCGUAUUUUUUAAUGAACCCAUUACGCUCGUUUCUACGUACUUCGAGCUCUCUUUGUUUUGACAGCGACCUGACGCCAUACAUUCGUGGCAAACUUUUCGGAGAGGCUGCAGUUAAAAAAAAAAAAAAAAAAAAAGGAAACAUCCCGCUUCGACGACCACAAUAAGAAAAAUAAAUGAAAUGGCAGAGGGACAUCGAGGCGCAGUUACUUGUGAGGAUAACGCGUGACGGUUGAGCAUUAUGGGGACGCCCCAUACCCCUGAUUGAAAGGGCUGGAGUCAAGUGGGAGAGCGAGACACAGCGCGGCUGUCUGCAUCCUUUCCGCCGCUGCCCCUCGCCGCAGUGCUUCGCCGCUCUCCCCCGUCUGCACACCUCCGCUCUGCCGUCACAUCGGCCGUCCUCCUCCACCUGCUCCCCGCGGAUGCUUCAGUCCUUUGGCGGACGGCAAAUGCGCACUGCCUUGGCCGCAGCCUUGGAAGCAGCAGGACGAGGCGAGCGGACGCGCUCUUCCAUCCUCAACUGAGGCGAGCACGCUGCGGAUUGGACCCCGAGGAAAAGCGCACCGGGGGUGGCAGGAGAACCCAGGAGACGCAGGUGGCUGGGAGGUGGCCAGGAUCUCAUUUAGCCAUGCCGGUGCCAGAGCAGCCCGCUGAGCAGGAGAAGGGUGCCAUGGUUCCCCCGGUGAUGUCGGGCUCCAAUGGAGACAGGUCAGAGACAGAGACAACCUCAUCUAUCCUGGCCUCAGUCAAAGAGCAGGAGCUCCAAUUUGAGCGCCUCACCCGGGAACUUGAGGCUGAGCGUCAGAUUGUCGCCACCCAGCUCGAGAGAUGCAAGCUGGGAUCAGAGGCUGGCAGCAUGAGCAGCAUCAGUUCGGCAGAUGAACAGUUUCGCUGGAAUACACAAGCAGAUGGGCCAAAGGACAUUGAGGAUGAGCUGACCACAGGUUUGGAGUUAGUGGAUUCCUGUAUCCGUUCCCUCCAGGAGUCAGGAAUCCUUGAUGGUGUGGAACGACCGGCGCUCCUCUCCCAGAGUUCCUUACACCUCAACUCUACCCCGGAGGCUUCGCUCCAGUACUCUGCCAGCUACCAUAGCAACCAGACCCUCGCCCUUAGCGACAGCAUCUCUUCAGCAUCUCCUCAGCGGAGCGGGCAGGUUGGAGGAGCCGUCCAUAGCUAUAACCAGGUGACAUCGAGCCGAGCAGCCCAGCAGCAACAAUCACAAAGUGGGGCAGGGUCAGGUAUCUACUACUCCAGCUCCACUUUACCUGCCCAGCGUGUCAAUUCCCCACUGUGUGGCGGGGGAGGGGGUUCAGGACAAGGGUCCCCCAAUAAACUCCAACGCUUGGGAUCGGCGUCCGAUUCUCUGGGGUACUCCACCACUCAACGCCUGCCUUCCUCAUCCUCCUCUCCCAGUAAACAGUGUCCUGCUAAUCGGCUGGCGAAGUCAUUCAGUACCAACGUUGCUGUGACAACAGUGGUUGGGGGAGGUUCUCCCCUGAGGUUGGCCUCUCCACCCAACUCCACUUCUACUGGGGGAGGGGCCAGCUUAUCAUCGUCUCCCCUUCAUCAGAUGAGCUCAGGCAUUGGCAGUUAUGCCACUUUGUCUCCCAAACGGCUUGCAGCUCACCACGCGUCUGACCAGUACAAGAUUUCCCAUGAGCUCUACGCCACUGCUACACUCCAGAGGCCUGGCAGCCUAGCAGGCUCUCGUGGCUCCUACAGUAGUCAGCACAGCCAGGAGCCCCUCCGACCAUUGGGGUCUCCAGAGCACCAUAUUGACCCAAUAUAUGAGGAACGCGUCUACCACAAGGGUCCCAUGAGGAGCCUCAGCCAGAGCCAAGGGCCUGACACUGGCCCCUAUCGCAACAAUACCGCUCCUUCUUCCCCUGGUGUCGACUCCACCCCUUUGCAGCGAACAGGAAGUCACGGCACGGGAACAGGAAACUACAGCCGUGGCGGGACCAACAACUAUGCCACAGUGGGACCAGGCUACACCACAAGCGGGGGAGGCGGCGACAUGUACGGCUCGGACCCCUAUGUAGCAGACCCUUACCGCACUUUGCAGUACUGCCCCUCAGUGGUGGAAUCACCUUACAGCAAGUCUGGGCCCGCCUUGCCACCGGAGGGCACCCUGCAGCGUUCACCGUCCAUUGACUCAAUUCAAAAGGACCCCAGGGAGUUUGGCUGGAGAGAUCCCGAGCUGCCAGAGGUGAUCCAGAUGCUGCAACAUCAGUUCCCAUCUGUGCAGUCCAAUGCUGCGGCAUACCUUCAACACCUCUGCUUUGGGGACAACAAGAUCAAAGCUGAGAUCCGCAGACAAGGAGGCAUCCAGCUGCUAGUGGACCUUCUGGACCACAGGAUGAGCGAGGUUCACCGCAGUGCCUGUGGAGCCCUGAGGAACCUGGUUUAUGGCAAGGCCAACGACGAGAAUAAAGUGGCCCUGAAGAACUGUGGAGGGAUCCCAGCGCUAGUCCGCCUUCUAAGGAAGACAGGAGAUGUUGAAAUAAGAGAGUUGGUUACAGGCGUGCUGUGGAACCUGUCAUCGUGUGAUGCUCUCAAGAUGCCAAUCAUCCAGGAUGCACUGGCUGUGCUGACCAACAGCGUCAUCAUCCCUCACUCUCACUGGGACUCCUCCCCCAACCACCACGAUGACCGCAAAGUUCAGCUUCAUACUUCCCAGGUGCUGCGCAAUGCUACUGGCUGCCUCAGGAACGUCAGCUCCGCAGGCGAGGAGGCGAGACGGAGGAUGAGAGAGUGCGACGGCCUGACGGAUGCCCUGCUCUACGUCAUCCAGACCUCUCUAGGCAGUAGUGAGAUUGACAGCAAGACUGUGGAGAACUGCGUUUGCAUCCUGAGGAACCUGUCUUACCGCUUGGCAGCGGAGACCUCUCACGGGCAGCAGGGCGGGUUGGAGGAGCUGGACGGCCUCCUUUGUGACUCCAGCGGUCGUGAUGGAGAGAGCUCUGGCUGUUGGGGCAAGAAGAAGAAGAAAAAGAAGGGUACUGACCAGUGGGAUGGUGUUGGCCCCUUUCCAGACACAGUGGAACCCCCCAAAGGUGUUCAGAUGCUCUGGCACCCCACCAUUGUCAAGCCCUACCUCACCCUGCUCUCUGAAUGCUCCAAUCCCGACACCCUGGAGGGAGCAGCUGGAGCCCUACAGAACCUGGCUGCUGGCAGCUGGAAGUGGUCUGUGUACAUUCGGGCUGCCGUCCGUAAGGAGAAAGGACUUCCCAUUCUUGUGGAAUUACUGCGAAUCGACAACGACAAAGUUGUGUGCGCCGUGGCCACUGCUCUCAGAAAUAUGGCGCUGGACAUCCGGAACAAGGAGUUAAUCGGUAAGUAUGCCAUGCGAGAUUUGAUCCAUCGGCUACCAGGCAGCAGCAGCAGUAACAACAACGCCACUAGCAGCGGGACCUCCGGGACUUCAGGUCCGCCCAGCAAAGCCAUGUCUGAUGACACGGUGACUGCCAUCUGCUGUGCGCUACAUGAAGUCAUCACCAAGAAUAUGGAGAACGCCAAAGCCCUCCGUGACGCUGGCGGCAUAGAAAAGCUGAUCGGCAUUGCCCGCAGUAAAGGAGACAAACACUCAGCCAAGGUGGUUAAAGCGGCCUCUCAGGUGCUCAGCAGCAUGUGGCAGUACAGAGACUUGCGCUCCCUCUACAAGAAGGAUGGUUACUCCCAGUAUCACUUUGUGGGCUCUGCCUCGACAAUAGAGCGAGACCGACAGAGACCAUACUCAUCCUCUCGAACUCCCUCUGUGUCCCCAAUCAGGACGUCCCCAAACAACCGCUCCGCAAGCGCUCCAGCCUCUCCGAGGGAGAUGAUGAGUCUGAAGGAACGCAAGCUGGACUACGAUUCCACAGCAACCAACGCCGGUUUCCAUAGCAGCAAAGGCGAGCAUACAUCCCGGAAAGAUGCCAUGGCAGUGUCCUGUGGAACAUCUACAUUGUUCCGAAAUUCUUACCUGACUGCCAGUGAUGAUAUCAAGCCAAAUCAGGCCCCAGUUCAGCCCUGCACCAUGCCCCCUCAGCCUCAACAGGACAGUCCGUCAACAGCCAUGCUAAAAGACUACGACCACUACCCACCCCCUCCUUCCUUCCCCCAGCCUCUGCCUCCACAGCCUCCCCCUCACAGCCAGAGCCGGAGCUUCGACGAGACCUACUACGAGGACCAGGGACCGACUCCGCCAACCCAGCCACAGCCGCAAGUCCAGGCACAGGCCCAACCUCAGGCCCAACCCCAGCAGCCCCCGAGCACCACCGGACCCCCCCGGGACCCACGGGAGGACCUGCGCAUGCAUCUUGGCCUCAAGUCCACGGGCAACUACGUAGACUUCUAUUCAGCAUCGCGGCCAUACAGCGAAUUGAACUACGAGACCAGCCACUAUCCAGCCUCGCCAGAUUCGUGGGUUUAGUUCUAUGGACUGAUGAUGAUGAUGAUGAUGAUGAGUGGUUAAAAAGGAUCCGUGUGUGGAGGAGACUUUUUUUUUUUCAAGCACAUCAACUUUGCAAAGUAGUCUUGAAUCCCCUAACAAGGACUUUUUGUGCUCUCUCACAACAAAAGCAAGAAAAAGUAAUGAAUUCAGGUUAAGUGACAAACAAUGCAUGUGCAUGUUAACAUUUCCUUUCUUUUUUUUAACCACUGCUCACUUUAUGUCUUCAAUCUCAACCCUGCUAUGGAGUGAGUGCCAGGUGUGUGAAGGGCCAAGAAGGCAGUGGGCAGUAUAAAUAGAGAAAGAAAGCAAACAAUAAGGCAAGAGGAGGUGAGCGAGGGAUGACCCUAUGAUAGGGAUGGAAUGAGUAAAGAGCUUUUAUUCGCCGGAGGAGUCUUGACCAUUUGUUGAAGGCAGCACGAGCAAAAGAGGGUGACUUGCACGAGGCUUCUCGAGGAGGUCCAAAAGAAUGGGAGUAAGUAUAUCAGACCUGAGGAGAAAAGUGUCUUUCCUACUUCCUAAACGUAGCACUGCUUCUAUCCUUUCUUGUUGUUGUUCUUGCCUUUUUGCCUAUGGAAGCCUCUGCAUUUAUUUUAAAGGAAUGUCAUAUUUUUUUUUCUACUUUUUUAGAUUUUUCAAGAAGUCAUUUUAUGUAUUGAAGAUGGUGCGCACACUUUUUGGGGAAGUACUUCAUGAUUUGUUUGUAAGAAGAAAAACAACAAAAAAAGAUGUAAAAUAAGAAGACAAGAAGCAGACUUCAUGAUCAGGAUUGAAUUCACAAUCACAGAUUUGCAGUAUUUGUGUUUAUCGACCUUCAUCCAAUUGAAUAUUGUGGUGAAAAUGAAAAUGCGCUCGGGGAGAGUUAUUCACUUCUGAAGCAAGAAUGCUUUUUUUCACUGCCUAAAAAAAAAAAAAAAAACGAUACAUUCCCAAGGACACUUUGUGUUUGGGGAGGUUUGUCUCAUCUUUAGUGGGGAGCAUCAUCACUUCUGUCGGAGUAAAUAUUGUACAAGCCAAUGUAAAGUGACAAAGGACAUGAAAGACCCUGCCAAAGUUUGACCCCUCAUGGAUCAAUCCUGGAUGACUUUAAAAGGGACAAUGUCUCAGUUUUCAGACACCGACUGGAUGUCUCACUCUGCUGUUUGUAACUUUUAUGUUGCUGGUCCCCUGAUUUAGAUAUUGCUGGGAAUUGUGGGUAAUUUCCCUUAGAUGUGCGGCGCACAGCAGCCCUCCGUGUCGGGCUGAGCAUAUGUCAGCGCAUAGACGGAUGAGUGCAUUUUUGUGUGCAUGUAGGUGACAGAAUGUGUGGCCUGUGCAUCGACUCAUUAGACUCGGGUGAACGUAUUUAUGCAUGCAUGUGUGCAGUAGUGUGCGUAAGCCUCUAUUGUGUGUCUGUGUGUGUGCGACUGUGCGUGGGUUUCUGUACAAAUCAAUGUCCACACAAGGCAUUCCUACCGAGAGUCUGUCUGGUUUUGCUAACCAAGGUACAAAUAACUAGAAUGAAUUGUUGAUAUAGAAUGACAAAUCUAUAAAUAUAUGAAUAUAAAUAUAUAAUUUUUAUGUGCAGAUAUCUGUGUCACAAAAGCGCAACCAGAGAAAACAGAACUUUAGUUCACUUGCUCUAAUCGUGGAAACUGCAGCUCCCUGGCACCCUCCUCGUCUCUGUUCUGACGAGACUAAUGGGAAAUCCUACCUGAAGGUGCUCAGGCUCUGGUGCGAGUUGUGUGUUAUUGUGUAAUCCAUGCUUCUUUAAUGACCCUGCUGAGAGAGGACCGUACUUGAACACAAGGAGAAA